AUGUCGAGCCUAGUCACGCAGCACAAAACGUACGUGCACCACGUGGCCCUCGACCCAUCCGGCUCCCUCCUGGCAUCGUGCUCGAGUGAUAAGACGGUGGAGGUGUUCCACCGUCGCACCCUGACUGGCGGUGGCGCCGUCUGGGAGCCUGGCUGCGCGAUGCACGACCACUCAGGCCCGGUGCUGCGUAUGGCGUGGUGCCAGCACCGCGAGCACGGCCCUCUUCUCGCCACCGCCGGGGCAGAUCGCUGGAUUUACAUAUAUCGUAUCAUUAUCUCUUCUCACGAGGGGCGCACGCUUCUGCACACGGUGCGCUGGUCUCCCGUGCGCGGGUACGAGAAGGAUGUUAUAACGGAUGUGGCCUUUGUGCCACCGCAGCAGUACCACGCUCUGCUUCUCUCGACUGCGUCGUUGGACGGCUGCGUUCGCCUCUACGAGGUGCACCAGCCACAGCAGUUCCCGUGCGUGUGUAGAAUAUCCCCGGAAGCCGACGCCGCAGCGGAAGGGGCCAGUGACAGCGCCGCUUGUGCCGUAGGGGUAUCCGCCGGCAGCGCAGUCGCGGAGCGCCGUGAGGAUGCGUCAGCAUCGCCUUCGGCUUCCUCAGUGCCGCUGCUGCGCUCCGGCGGGGUCACUGCCAUUGGCUGGUUCCCAGGCUCGGCGGAGCGCACAAUGACCCUCGCCGUCGGCACCGUUUCGGGCCGCUUCUUUCUCUACCGCUACCUCAAGGACUCGAACUCUUUCAUGACCAUUUCGCUACCGCAGGUCGAGGCUGGCGUGCUGCGCUGCAGUGCGCCUGUGUGCAACGUGAGUUGGGCUUCAUGCGUUGGCCGCCGCUUUCAACUCCUGUCAAUUUGCUCCCGGAGUGAAGUGUUUAUUCUCCGACUCAACUGCGUAUCGCCUUCCAUUGACGAGAAGCGCAGCUUCGAACUGUUUCGGGUGCCAUUUGGAGCCGUCAGCGCGUCCUGGGGCCGCUCAAGCACGCUCCUGUAUCUCGCUACGGACGAUCGACGCACACAGGUGGUUGUGCUGCAGAUGGCAAACCUGCUCGACCACCAAUCGUGGAAGGUAGUAUCGCGCAAUGCGGUUGAGUAA